AUGAAUCCGUUCGACCCCAGGUGCCAUGACUUCAACGUCUUUCUCAACCUCACUUAUUGGAAUGUUGCCUGCAACAUCUUCACCGAUGUGUGCCUUGGAGCUUUGCCAGUUCCCAUUAUCUGGAACCUCAAGAUGAAGUUUCGAGUUCGUCUCUACGUCAUUGGCAUCCUGAACUUAGGAUACUUUUCGAUCGUCAUGGGGAUCCUCAAAGCCGUCUUCAUGCUCACGACGGGCGGCGACCCGGACAACAUCUUUAACUACUGGGUUCACUUCUGGCAAAACCUCCAACUCAACGUGGGCAUCAUCGCGGCAUGCGCAUCGUUUCUCAAGCCGCUGUUUGGGCGCCUCCUGAAGAUCAACAGCUCUGCCGCCUACUACCCCAGCGACCCCCACUACAACCGGAGCGGCCAGACGCCUCUCGGCGCCGGCGGUUCGCGCGGCAACGCCUAUGCGGCGGGCAGGAGGGCGAGCAUCCCGCUGGAUCGCAGUCUGCACGACGAGUUCGAGAUGCACACUAAGCACGACCUUGGGGGCGGUGAGCCUCGGACAAAGGGCUCUCAGACGCCCUUGGAGGGGCGGUCGUCAGCCGAGGCUACGUAUGGGUACGCGCUGUCUUCGGAUGCGAACAGCGAGGAGGUCAUUCUCCAGCAGAAGGGAGUACAUGGGAUCGUAUGCAAGAGGGACUUUAGCGUCAAAUACAGUAGCAAGUGA